GGUGUGUGCGGUGCAGAGGGACAGAUAAAAACACACACAGCGAGGAGGACACUUCCCUGCAGAGACUGAGGAUGAAGCUGCUUCACAUGGCUGCGGCUCUGCUGUCUGCAUGGGUCCUCACAGCUACUGCUGCAGGGCCUGAAACAGGAGUUUCCAGAGUUAAUUUAAAUGGGAAGAUGUUCACUUUGUCUAGUUCUGCAGGGGGGAUAUUCUUCUACCCCCCCGAGUUUUAUACCACUCCCUACCCAACUCGAAGAUACCCCACCACGCCCUACUACACCACCACACGCCCCUACAUCCCAGAGUCCACUGUCAGCCGGAAAUACAGCCCCACCACCACCCGCCGCUACACCACCACCCGCCGCUACACCACCAAACCCACCACCCGCAACACCACCAAACCCACCACCCGCAACACCACCAAACCCACCACCCGCAACACCACCAAACCCACCACCCGCUACACCACCAAACCCAUCACCAAACCCACCACCCAAUACCCCACCACCACCCAAUACCACACCACCACCCUCCCCCCGCCCACAGCACCCUACGCUAGAGAUGUGUCCGUGUGUCUGCGAUACCUGACGGACGCCCCAACGACACUCUUCACACUUCGUCAGUCCAGAUACCCUCUGCGCUUCACAGUCGAUUAUGCUGAUCUAAAGUAUUAUCUGGACAUGGAUCCGUAUGGUGGGCAGACUUUGAUCUUUCGACCCAACAUAAAGUUUUGGCCAGGCAUCAAAUCAGAAGUCUGGAGCAGAGUCUGCCUCACCGUGGACAACAUGAAGUAUGUGGCCCAGGUGUUCAGCGGCUUAAAGACCAGCAUCAGGAAGCUGCUGCCUAGACAGUGGGUGUCGUCAGGUGCGCCUGUGAUGGAUUUUUCAGAAUUCAAUGGUCAGUUGACCGAUGUGCAGAUGUGGGAUUAUACUAUCAGCAAAGUAGAUGUCAUCAACUACAUGACCCGCGGCGCUGUCUCCGGGCCCUACAGCGGCUCCCUCCUUACCUGGUCCUACAUCAGCUACUCCCCCAGUGGAAACACACUGUUGGAGGAUGACGAGUGGCAGGCUCGACAGCCAAUCAGCAGCAGCAGGGGGAGGGGGAGGAAAAAGCGAGUGAAAAAUAUGUUUAAUGAGGUGGAACACAACAGAGUACAGCUUUAAUGAAACACACAGGGGCAUGUGUGGGAAAGCCGUACUGUUGCAUUUCAUAAUAAAUCACUCACAAAUCUAAAUUAAGAGGCAAAUAAUCAUAAAUAAAAUGAUACUGAUAACUGAUUAAAGUCGUUGAUUACCAUACAUGUAUUUACAAGACUACAAACAAGUCUAAAUAAUGGAAUCAACAAUUAUUUCUAGCUUUUACUAACAUGUUUAACAUAUCUGUAUUUCUAAUUAUAGAACAAUAAAGAGAUGGCUUACACAAUA